CUGGCCAUGAGGGCUCUGUGGAUGGCGCUGUGUGCGCUGGCGCGGCUGUGGCCCAGGGCCCUGGCCGGCUGCGCCGAGGCGGGGCACUGCUGCCCGGGCCGGGACCCCGCCUGCUUCGCCCACGGCUGGAGGCUGGACAGCGUCUACAGGACGUGCUUCUGCGACCAAGCCUGCCGCCUCACCGGGGAUUGCUGCUUCGACUACUCCAGGGCGUGCCCAGCUCACCCGUGCAUCGUGGGGGAGUGGAGCUCCUGGAGUGGCUGCGCCGACCAGUACAAGCCCACGGCCCGCGUGCGGAGGCGCUCGGUGCAGCAGGAGCCCCUGAACGGAGGGGCGCCCUGCCCGCCCCUGGAGGAGACAGCCGGCUGCCUGGAGUACUGGACGCCCCAGGGCCAGAACUGCGGCCACUCCUUCGUCCCUGCCUUUAUAACUACCUCUGCGUUCAACAAGGAGAGAACCAGACAAGCCGCUUCUCCACAGUGGUCUACAGACACAGAGGAUGCCGGCUACUGUAUGGAGUUCAAGAUAGAAUCAUUGACUCCUCACUGUGCUAUGGAAAACCGACCUCUGACUCGAUGGAUGCAGUAUCUCCGAGAGGGGUACACCGUGUGUGUAGAUUGUCAGCCUCCAGCUAUGAACUCUGUGAGCCUUCUUUGUUCUGGAGAUGGCCUGGACUCUGACGGAAAUCAAACUCUUCAUUGGCAAGCAAUUGGCAAUCCUCGAUGUCAAGGAACUUGGAAAAAAGUUCGGCGAGUAGACCAGUGUUCUUGUCCGGCUGUUCAUAGUUUUAUUUUUAUAUAGGUUGCAAUAUAAAUAUUUUAAAAUGUGUUUGUAGACAUGAUAAAUAUUAGCAAGUCAGGUUCAGUGCUUCAUAAACCUUCGA